GGGGGGGGGGCGAGAGCGGUACCAUUCUUUUGAUCUCUGUUAUAAUUACUAAAUUAGUCGACAAGUUCAGCAGAAACCCAACUUUGUUUUGAGGAAUAAGGUACGAAUGAUGGCUGAUUUCAAGGUAGCUCGCAAAGCGUGGCGUUCUUUGAGUGGCUUGUUCGCAGUCUACAAACCAGAAGGACUAUCACCUCAGAAAGUCAAACAUAUUGUGAAGUCUACCCUUCUACAAGAGCUGAAUGCGCUGCAGCAGCGACCGCAGAACACGCUGGUGAAGAUUGUCCCGGAGACCGAUUCCCGGUUGACUGCCGCCAACCCUGGUGCCUUGAGGGCUGUGGAGGUACCCAGCUUCACAGAUCAUCCUUUGGUGAGGGGACCGGCCUACAAGGACAUCGCUGUUUCUGUGGUGUCCUUGGGACUGGACACCAAGGCAUGUGGUGUUAUGGUCUUGGCCGUACGGGAUGGAAGGAAGCUCGUCAAUCAGUACCAAGCAGCAAGAUUACCGCGGCAGUACACCGUAAGAGGGCGCUUUGGCGUGGCAACAGACACACACGACAGUGAAGGCAAGAUUUGGCAGAAGACAACAUAUAACCACAUCACCAUGGAGAAGCUGGAUCGCAUCACUUCCAGAAUCCACCGCAGCUACCAGCGGGAACUGAUCCGCCAGUCCGGCGUGGACAUCCACAGCCAGGAGGCGUACGAGCUGGCAGUGAGGGGGCUGCUACACCCCGUAGGAAGGACAAACCCUCUUCUGACGGACGUCGCAUGUACCGUGUUUGAGCCUCCAGUGUUUGAGCUAGAGGUUACCACCUAUGCGGACACAGCUCAGUACCUCCGCAAAGUCGUCCAUGAUAUUGGCCAAGAACUCAAGUCCUCGGCCAUUGCCACCCAAGUAAGAAGGACACACGACGGACCGUUUAACAUCGACAAUGCCCUGCUCAAGAAACAUUGGAAGCUAAAUCACAUAGCUGAAGCCAUCAAGGAAUGUCGGCGUUUAGUUCGGCCUUCAGAGCUGGUCCCAGUUAGUCAGGGUCGAGAGGCUGUUCGGGUGAUGCAGGAGGUAGACCAAAAGUGGAAUCAGGUUUAUCAGGAUUGACAGGACAGUAAUAAAGAUUUAUGCUAUCAAGAAGUGUCAGUAACUGGUUGUACCUUCAGAGCUUGUUUGAGUUAGUCAGGGUCAAAAGGCUGUUAGGGUGAUGCAGAAGGUAGAACAGAAGUGCGAUAAGGCUUAUCAGGAGUGAUAGGACAGUAUUGAAGACUAACAGGAAUGUCAGCCAAUUAAUGAAACAUUGAGGGGAUCCCAGUUAGUCAGUUUCAGAAGACUGUUUGGUGAUGUGAGAACCGUUCAUAGGUGGAAGUAGAUCCAUCAAGAGUGAUGAGACAUUAUGGAGGACUACUGCCAUCCAGGAGUGUCAGCCACUGGAUAAACCGUUAAGGUGGUCCUGGAUAGUCAGAUUCGGAAGACUGUUUUUGUGAUUCGAGUGACAGACCAUAAUUGGAAUCAGGUCCAUCAAGAGUGAUGGGUCAGUAUUGGAGAGUACUGCCAUCCAGGAGUGUCAGCCACUGGGUGAACCGUUAAGGUGGUCCUGGAUAGUCGGGGUCGGAAGACUGUUUUUGUGAUUCGAGUGACAGACCAUAGGUGGAAUCAGGUCCAUCAAGAGCGAUGGGUCAGUAUUGGAGAGUACUGCUAUCUUGGAAUGUCGGCCAUGGGAUAAACCAUUGAGGUGGUCACGGGUAGUCAGGGUCAAAAGACUGCGAUUGAUAGACCAUAGAUGUAAGCAGGUCCAUCAAGAAUGACAUGAUAGUAUUGAAGAACUGCAAUCCUCCAAUAUCGGCCUCUGGUUAAACCAUCAGUCCUGGUGCUGCUUUGAGAGGGAAGUAAGCUAGAGGGGUCAUUGUUCGAGGGCAAGCAACAAGCCUUUUGAACCAAUUUUCUUAAUGUGCAAUUACACUAGUACAUGGUUUGACAUCAACCAGGGAACCUGCGGCUAAAAUUCUAUCAGGGGAGCUGGAUAAGAGCAGAUGGUUGAAAUGCCCCGUCUAACGGUGACCUGAAUGCUAACCUUGAAAUAUCACUUUGGAUUUAGGUGGGGAGGUGGUGAUUCACAAAAUCGGACAAAUUUAUAAUUUGAUUUUUAAAACUUAUGAGGUAUCUAAUAAACUUUAUGAUCUCAAG